CGACUCCGCCCAACCAGCCCGCCUCAGGCAGACGCCGGUGUCGGAUUGUGAGACACCCAGAGAGCGAGAGACCUCGGGAGCUCGCUAAUAACUUUAGGCUCUAGUCAUUAUCUAGCUUACUUUUAUUUACAAUGUCUACAUCGGGGCCCUUGGAUCGAGUGGAGCUCUGUGAAAGCCUUUUAACAUGGGUUCAAACAUUCGGGGUCGAGGCUCAAUGCAAGACUGUGGAGGACAUGACGAGCGGCGUCGGUAUGGCGCAGGCUCUCCAGAAAAUAGACGAAGUGUAUUUCAAUGACGCAUGGAUUAGUCGAAUCAAGCCAGAUGUGGGUGACAACUGGAGGUUAAAGGUCAGCAAUCUAAAGAAAAUUCUCAAAGGUAUCCUCGAUUAUAACCAGGAGAUUCUGGGCCAGCACAUAAACGACUUCACGCUACCCGACGUCACCCUCAUCGGAGAACACUCCGACCCGGCAGAACUCGGGAGGAUGCUUCAACUCAUUCUGGGAUGUGCUGUCAACUGUGAACAGAAGCAAGAGUAUAUCCAAUCCAUCAUGAUGAUGGAGGAAUCAGUCCAGCAUGUGGUCAUGACAGCCAUCCAAGAGCUGAUGAGUAAAGAGACUCCCGUGACAGGAGGAAACGACUCCUACGUGGAUCUCGACAGACAGUUAAAAAAGUCUGUUGAGGAGCUCAAUGAAGCUUUGGCCACAAAGGAGGAGAUUUCCCAGAGGUGUCGUGAGCUUGAUAUGCAGGCCCUCCAUAUUCAAGAGGAGCGCGAUAGACUGAGGUUAGACUUUAAUGAGCUAGAAGAGAGGGUGGCAGCCCUACAGGAGGAAAAGAGUAGCUUGCUUGCGGAAAACCAACUUUUAAUGGAGCGACUCAACCAGUCGGACUCCAUCGAGGAUAUCAACAGCCCGGCUGGCCGCAGACACCUCCAGCUGCAGACGCAACUGGAGCAGCUCCAGGAAGAAACAUUCAGGUUGGAAGCAUCGAAAGACGAUUAUCGGAUCCGUUGCGAGGAGCUUGAAAAAGAACUUUUGGAGGUGAGGUCGCAGAAUGAAGAGCUCACAUCUCUGGCUGAUGAAGCCCAGUCGCUGAAGGAUGAGAUGGAUGUUCUCAGGCAUUCAUCAGACAAAGUUUCAAAGCUUGAGGGCACAGUAGAACACUACAAGAAGAAACUUGAGGACAUGGGACUCCUCAGGAGACAGAGUAAGCUUUUGGAGGAGAAGAACACAGUGUUAAUGCAGACCAACAUCAGUUUAGAAGAAGAGCUCCGAAAGGCUAAUGCUACCAAGGGCCAGUUGGAGACUUAUAAGAGACAGGUGGUGGAACUUCAAAACAGACUGUCGGAAGAAUCGAAAAAGGCCGACAAGAUGGAGUUUGAGUACAAACGUGUCAAAGAGAAAGUCGACUCUUUACAGAAAGAAAAGGAUCGUAUGCGAACGGAGCGAGACUCUUUGAAGGAGACCAUUGAGGAGUUGCAUUGUGUCCAAGCUCAAGAGGGACAGCUAACGGCAGGUCUUCUCCCACUCGCCAGCGCCGACGGUUCCGAUUCUUUGGCAGCCGAGAUCACAACGCCAGAGAUUCGAGAGCAUUUGAUUCGCCUUCAGCACGAGAACAAAAUGCUGAAGCUGGCUCAAGAGGGCUCGGAUAACGAGAAGAUUGCGCUUUUACAGAGUCUGCUGGAAGACUCCAAUAGAAGGAAAAGUGAGCUGGAGACCGAAAACAGGUUAACCAACCAGCGCCUGAUGGAGGAACAGAGUCAGAUAGAAGAGCUCCAGAAGAAUCUCCAGGAACAAGGCUCCAAAGCAGAUGAUUCUUCCAUUAUGAAGAAGAAAUACGCCGAGCACAUGGAGAAGCUUCAAGAAGUGAACCACGAGUUACUGAAGAAAAAUGCCUUCAUCGACGAGAUGGAGCCCAAAUACGCCGCCAGCUCUCAACGAGUGGAUGAACUGGAGGAGGCCUUGAAAAAGAAAGAUGAUGAGAUGAAGCAAAUGGAGGAGCGGUAUAAGAAAUAUUUGGAGAAAGCCAAGAGCGUCAUUCGCACUCUAGAUCCUAAACAGAACCAGGGCUCAGGUCCAGAAGUUCAGGCCUUGAAAAACCAGCUGCAGGAGAAAGAGCGGAUGCUGCACUCGUUGGAGAAAGAAAUGGAUAAAACAAAAAGCCAGAGGGAUUAUGAGGAGAAACUGAUUGUGUCGGCCUGGUAUAAUAUGGGAAUGACUUUCCAGAAAAAGGCGGCCGAAGACAGAUUGGCCAACACCGGCUCCAGUCAGUCUUUCCUGGCCCGCCAGAGGCAAGCCACCAGUUCCCGGCGCAGCUACCCAGGCCACGUCCAGCCGGCUACCGCGAGCAAUAUCCCAGCAUGAUCGGCGCAGCAGUGACCCCGGCCCGAUACGGCCCGGCCCGUCCGUGCUGGCGAAACCCGAGGCGCACGAUGCAUGCAAUACCUGCCCGCCGACCCUUUGCAUGACUUUGCAUUGACUGUGAGUUAACCCGGCAUACGGCAACAGCAGCAUGAGCACUAACAGCCCUCUGCAGCAUUGCGAUCCUCUGUCGCGCCACUAGGGGGAGCUGCGGGGAAAGAAAACACUUCAUUUAGUCAUCUUUUGUAUUCCUCUUCCCUGUUGCUUUCUUGCUCUUCAUGGACAUGCCUGCUUUGUGUUUCCAAACGGCAUCAAGCCUGUUUUAGCACAGUGACAUCUAUCUGGAAUACCUCAACAGCAUUUUUCCACAUAUUCAGUAGUGAAUCGAUUUCAGUAUUUGAGAGGGAAGGAAAAAAACCAGGAGAAAAAAAAGUACCUUUUAUAUCGGAAAUUUUCCUCUCCCAUUUUGGACACUUUGUCAUUGUAAAAAAAAAAUCUAAGAAAGACUUUACCUAUCCUUAAAAUGUGACCCGAGGACAUGCUAGCUGGGCUUUUACCUCAACCUUUUAGCAACUAGGCAUAGGAUGGGAAAAUGUUUGUAUACAACACAAAAAAAAUCACAAAUCCACUUUUAAGUAUUUUUCUAAGCUCCAACAUGUGUGUAUUUUGCGACGUCAUGUCGAUUUGAUACAUUUGAUGUAUAUAGCGUACUUGAACAUAAAGCAGGCGCGUCCUUUGCGUGGUGCCGUAUACAUCCAAAGAAGAAGCAGUAUUGAGCCAAAAGUAAGUAUUCACACAUGUCAAGCAUCUACAUUAACUCAUUAAUGUGGAGUUUCUAUCAAUAAUUAAAUCAAUAAUUGCGUGCAAGUCAUGACAAAAUAAUCAUAGGUCAACUUUAUCAUGCAGCUUCAUAUUGUACAUUUAUUUCCUGUAGCUUCUUAUUGCAUAUUUAUAUUUUAACUGCAAGGCUUAGGAGGUCGGUUUAUUUAAAAUGGUGGCGCACGUUACAGGCAUGAAUGCAAGAGAAGGUUCAAUCCGCCAGUUUAGUGCCUUUGUUACCCGUGCGCUCAUUUUGAAGGCAGCGUGCGAGCUGACUUUUUUUUUUUUUUGGUGUCGUUUUGAAAAGACACAUGAUGGGAUAUCAACUGCCUCCGUUUUCAUAGUUGCUUCUAAACAAGAGUUGAUGAGGGUUUGUCUUUUUCUUAUUUUACUCUGUCAUGUGCAACGAUUUAUCUUAUGCAGUGCAUUUUUUUUAAAAUUCUUAUUUAUUCUUUUGUGUCUUGCAGAAGUGUUAGUAUUAUCUUCCUAGCUUAACGAUUCAUUUAAAAUAAUUGUCUCAUACAAACAACAAGGAAGUGACCCAAAACUAAAAAGUCAGACCGGUCGGUGAACAGCGUGUUGCUUUUAUUUCUUUACAGGCACGACACAGUUUCAGGAUUGUUCGAACUCGUAAAAAGCACAUUUUGAAAUUGGAUUUACUCUCAUACUACAAAUAAAAAUUAAUUAGCGGUCAUUUGCAGUCAAUAGGAAAUGAAUUUAAAAAAAGUGUAGCGGAACCGUCAAAGUGAAAUGAUCCUUUAUAAUGUGACCUGAAAAACAUUUUGCUUUUGUAAAAUAAAACAGAAAUGAAUCAAAAUAAAACUCACCUUGAGGACAGGACGUGAUAUUCGGAACUUCAGAUCGGCUUUAAUCGAAUGACACAGAGGACGGAAGUUCCCCGAUGCAACUUGAUCUGAUCAAUUGAUUUAGCACACCAAACUGUAAUGGAGGCGAUUUUUGGUGCUUGACAAUCCGAUUAUUCCGUUUCAUUUAGCCGUGGCGGUCAGAUAGUAUCAAAGAGUGAAAUAAUCAAGAAUUUGGCGUUUCCAUGUUACCCGACUGCAAAUGGUCAAAUGUUCUCGUACUCUGUAGAGUAUCAUGCAGUUUAUAUACUUUUUUUUUUUUUUUUGUUACUCAUUUGGACAAUGAAGUUGCAACUAACUAUCCAUUUGCCAAGUUUUUUUAUUGCUUGUAUCCAACCCCCACUAUGUAUAUAGUCUCAUUUUGCAACUGCAGUUACAAGGGGGGCCUUUUCGGGACGGUGAUCAAAGUGGUUAAGAUGGAGAUCUGAUAACGUGCUUCCGACACUGUAAACUUUGCAGACGACGUUGUAAAUAAAGCUUAUAUUCAAAUAUAA